CUGACCACUACUCUUUCUCUCUCCUGUUUUUUUUUCACCAACCAUCGUAAUUGCUGACUUUGAGAGAGAAAAUUAAGAAGAGAAAAAAACAAGAAAGGAGACAGAAGAAGAAGGAAACAGAGCGAGAGUACUUGCCAGAAACCAAACCCCAGAAAAAAAAAAAAGCCAAGAAAAGGGCAUCACUGUGCGAGGAGAGGAGGGGGGAAGAGAUCUCCUGCUGCGUGGCGACGCCUCGCGAUUUCCGGCGGCAAGGUUCGAUUUUGAUCCCUUCCCCGGGCUCCCCCCACCCCCGAUUUGCCCCGCCCGCGCGGCGGCCUGGCGCGCUGGAGGAAAGAUCCCGAUUUUAACAGUGGCAGUUCGUGGCCUGUGGUCUGGUUUGGGCGACGACUCCUGAUUCGGUGGUUGCUGGAGUGGAGGGAGUCUCGAGUGCAGUGUUCUGAUUCGGAUCUGGUCGGGUGUUUUGGUUUUCCUUCCCGCACUCCAAUUCGGGCGAGCAAUGAGGGUUCUUGACGCGUGACCUGAUGCGGGAGGCGUAUUGGGAGAAGAUUUCUUGAAGUUUUUGUUUCUUUGUGUUUUUUUGGUUUUGGGGGUUUCUUGCCCGGAUCGCCUACCCGUCCUAUGGGCUGUGUCAGUUCCAAGCAAUUCCAUGGCGAGGACCAGCGUGGCGGCGAGGGGAAGCCCCGGCGGCGCCCGUCAAGCAACUCCCUGAGGCGUCUUGUUAGUUACAACUCCAGCAAGAGGCAUGAGCACUUUGAGGAGGAGGAGGAAGAAGGUGUGGUUGUGUCGGCCACGUCCUCCACUGCCGGACAUCGUGUAGGGAAUGAUCCAAGCACGGCGAGGCUUAUUCGGAAGCCCCCCGCGCCGGUGGUUGAGGCUGUUGCUGCAUUGCCGGAUGAGGCAGCUAAUGUAGCGGUUGGUGUGGUUGAUGCGGAGAGGCCAGUUGCUGCAACUGCAAAUUGGAGGCGUCCUCCGAACGGCGUGGCUGAGCAAGAGCCGCCUAGGGGUGGUGGUACCAGGAGUGAGGCAAAGCCAAGGAUUAUAGAAGUGCCCAAUGGAGUGCAGGGGGAGCAUAUGGCGGCUGGCUGGCCAAGGUGGCUCACAGAGGUCGCAGCAGAGGCAGUCCGUGGGUGGCAACCUCGGAAGACGGAGUCUUUCGAGAAGUUGGACAAGAUAGGGCAAGGUACAUACAGUAGUGUUUACAAAGCACGUGAUCUUGAGAGCGGAAAAAUUGUGGCGCUUAAGAAAGUUCGGUUUGCCAACAUGGAUCCUGAGAGCGUGCGGUUCAUGGCAAGGGAAAUUCAUAUCUUAAGAAGACUUGAUCACCCAAAUGUUAUUAAGCUUGAAGGUUUGGUGACGUCGCGCAUGUCUAGUAGCUUGUAUCUUGUAUUUGAAUACAUGGAGCAUGAUCUAGCAGGACUUGCAGCUACACCUGGCAUAAAGUUUACAGAGCCUCAGGUCAAGUGUUACAUGCAACAACUACUCUCUGGACUUGAACACUGUCAUAAACGUGGUGUUUUGCAUCGGGAUAUAAAGGGUGCAAAUCUCCUCCUUGACAACAAUGGUGUUCUCAAAAUAGCAGACUUUGGUCUAGCUACAUUCUUUAAUCCGAACCAAAAACAACAUUUGACAAGUCGUGUGGUAACAUUGUGGUACCGACCUCCUGAACUAUUGCUGGGUGCUACUAACUAUGGUGCUGCUGUUGAUCUCUGGAGUGCUGGUUGCAUUCUUGCAGAACUGCUGUCUGGGAAGCCUAUCAUGCCAGGGCGAACUGAGGUGGAACAGUUGCACAAAAUAUUUAAGCUUUGUGGUUCACCAUCAGAGGAUUUCUGGGCUAAUUUGAAGUUGUCACGGGCUACAAUAUUCAAGCCACAACAUCCUUAUCGUCGAUGUGUGAAUGAUGUAUAUAAGGAUUUCCCUCCUCCGGCUUUAGCACUAUUGGAUUGUUUACUUGCUGUAGAACCUCAGAAUAGGGGUACUGCUGCUUUGGCCCUUGAAAGCGAAUUCUUCACAACGAAGCCUUAUGCUUGUGAUCCAUCAAGUCUACCUAAAUAUCCUCCAAGCAAGGAAUAUGACGCUAAGCUUCGAGAUGAGGAGGCUAGAAGGCAAAGAGCAGCAGCAGUUAAAGGACAUGAAUCUGAAGCUGGACGUAGAAAGCAACUUCCAGCACCAAAUGGCAACAACGAAUUGCCGCAACGACGGGUUCAGCUUAAUCCAAAAAGCAGCAGCAGUAAGUUUAUUCCCAAGGAGGAUGCUGUCACUGGCUUCCCAAUUGAUCCCCCAGGAAGAUCUGGGGACAAUGUUUACCCUCAGCGUGUGCCUCUGAUGCAUGCUGGUCGUUCAUCCUCUACUCUGGGCCGAUCAAGUGGCACUGAUCAGAAUGCUCAGAGAUUUUACACAUCUCAAUUUGCUGCUGCUGAUAUGUCUACUGCAACUGGUGGGCAACGAGGCAAUGCCACUAAGGUGUCCAACCUUGGGGACAGUGCCAGGAGACAGUAUUUGAGAGAGCACCGAUCCAGUUCAAGAUAUAGUCAACUUACUGCUGCUGAACUGUCUGACAGACCUGAAUGGACACACCAACUCCAAGAAAGACCAUCAUCUUCCCACCGCAAAGAUGAUGGGGCGGCAAACAAGGAACCUACUGUGGUGAAUGGCGCUAAGAAGAGCAGGAUCCACUACUCAGGACCGUUAAUGCCUCCUGGAGUUAACAUGGAAGAAAUCCUUAGAGAGCAUGAGCGGCAAAUCCAACAAGCUGUAAGAAGGGCCCGGCUCGACAUGGGGAAGGGCAAGAACCAUGUCGAGAGAGACCAGUCUGAAUCGCUGCUGUACACUUCCCAGAAUGGCAGGCUCGCCUCCUUCUACCUGGCCCUCCGCGACAUCCCCGCCGCGCGGGCCGCCGUCGAGCAGGCGGCCGGGAAGGCGCGGGCGUUCCCCUGGAACCUGCUUGUAUGGGGCUAUGCCGGCCGUGGGAUGUGGGAGGACGUGAUCCUCGCUUACGACAAGAUGGUGGCCUUGGGUGUGACCGCCGACCGGUUCACCUACCCGUCGGUUCUCCGAGCUUGCGGCGAGCUCCGGGAGGUCACCAUUGGCAGGAAGAUUGAGCAGCGUAUUCAGAGGAGAAGAUACGGUCUGGACAUGUUUGUCUGGAAUGCGUUGGUGGGCAUGUAUGCCAAGUGUGGGGAGCUGGAAGACGCCCGGAGGGUGUUCGACGGAAUGCCUAUGAGAGAUGUUGUUAGCUGGAAUACAAUGGUGUCCACGUAUGCAUUGACGGGGAAGUGGAGUAAGGCAUUUGAGCUUCUAAAGCAGGUUCCUGGGGCAAAUAUUGUCACAUGGAAUGCGGUUGCAGCAGGGAAUUUGAAGGCAGGGAACUACGAUGAAGUGAUUAGGUUGGUUUCCCAGGUGAGAAGAUGUCAUGGGACAGGGGUGGAUUCUGUGACCAUUGUGAUUGGGCUCAAGGCAUGUGGUAGGAACAGGUAUCUGAGGGCUGGCAGGGAGUUGCAUGGGGUGGCUGUUCGUCUAUGCUUUGAUAGCCUUGAGUGCGUGGUCAGUUCGUUGAUAACUAUGUACUCAAGAUGCAGGAUGAUGAGCUCUGCCUGCCUUAUGUUUAGAGCGUGCUCAAUUCGGAGCAUCACAAUCUGGAACGCGCUACUUGCAGGCUUUUCUUUCAUGGACCUGACCGAGGAAGCUUAUUUGCUUUUCAGAGAGAUGAUUGGUUUCGGUGUCUAUCCGAAUGAUGUUACCGUCUUAACUGUGCUUUCCCUUGGUGCAAGAUUUGGACACCUCUGUCAUGGAAGGGUGCUGCACUGCUACAUCCUUAAGCAUGAACUAGAUGGCUCUAAACUAUUGGAAAACUCACUUGUUGACAUGUACUCGAAAUGUAGAGAAAUGGCGGUUGCACAGAGAGUGUUUGAACUAAUGCAAUUUCGAGACAAGCAUGCCUAUACAUCACUGGUUUUGGGUUAUGGAUUGCAAAGAGAGGGACAUGUAUCAUUGAAGCUCUUCAAUGAAAUGAUUGAGAACAAUAUAGAGCCAGACCAUGUUACUAUGGUUGCAAUUUUAUCAGCAUGUAGCCACUCUGGGCUGGUAACUCAAGGACAACUACUAUUUGCCAAGAUGGCUUCUAUAUUUGGUAUUGCACCACGAGUGGAGCAUUUUUCUUGCAUGGUUGAUUUGUACUGCCGUGAAGGUUUGCUGAAGAUCGCUCAGGAGAUAAUUGACAAGAUGCCAUUCCAACCAACUGCUGCAAUGUUAGCAACUCUUAUUGAGGCUUGCCGAAUCCAUGGUAAUUUAGGAAUUGGGGAUUGGGCUGCAAAGAAGCUGCUCACAAUGAGGACAGACAACCCUGGUCAUUACAGAUUGAUUGCAAACAUGUAUAUAGCCGCAAAAUGCUGGCCAGAACUAGCUAAAGUGAGGUCAUUAAUGAGCACCAUGGAGUUAAAUAUGAUUCCAAGCCAUUCUUUGCUAGAGUCAGAUUAUGACAUGUCUCCAGUUGAGCGAGAUGAUUUCCUGAAUCAGGUUGCACAUGGUUUGUCAUAUGACCACCUAACGGAUACUGAUUCCUCUAGUAGCGAGGAAGUGAAGUGCAGUGAGGCUUUUGGUGGAUAAUAAAAGAGAAAGAAUGCAAUAGGUUAUUUUUGGACUAUCUUCUAUGUUAAGGCCAUGGAACUUGCUAGAUGGUUUCAGGAGCCAGGAGGAUGUGGAAGAACUCAAAGAACAAGAUAGCCGAGGACAUUUGGUCUGUUUUGCGAAGAAGUUGAGGCAGUUGAAGAGAACUGCUCUUCCAUCGCACAAGAACCGCAUUGCUUAAAUUGUCAGAAUCCAGAUACCAUCUCAAACACAAGUUGCCGUGGCGGAGGUGAAGGAUGGAGCGUCGCCUCCAAGCACCAUGUCCUUGGUCCAGACGCUGUUCCGGUCUGCAGCAUCAUACGUGAUGGGAAACGGUAUGGAUACGAUGUUUUGGAAGGCUCCUUGGGUGCCGAAAGGCAGCAUUGCGGUAUCAUAUCCAACAUUAUCAAGCUACCUGAAAUGAUCGACGCUGGCAGUGGCGAAAUCGAUCGCCAAUGGGUCCGGGACUUCCAGGGGAGCCUGUGGAGCAGCGCAAUCGCUGAGUAUUUCCAGCUGUAGAACUCAAUUCAACACUUUGAGAUGCAGCCCGGCACGGAAGAUACAAUCUGCUGGAAACUGACGGGAGAAGAAAGCUAGCUACUACAUCCGUUCCAAGAUAUAGAAAACUACUUCUAGAUAUGAUAUAUUCUAGAGCUAUGAAUCAUAGUAGUAACCCAAAAUCUGGAAUAGUUGUCAACCUCGUUAGCCUACAACCAAUUCUUCAUGCGCUUUAAGUGUAAUCCAUUUGUCACAUGACGGAGACAUAGUCAACCUAGCCAUGUAGGCACUGAGUCAGCCAAAACCGCCAACAAAACCUCCAAGGGACCUCUUUGCACCGGUUUUGACAGUUUAGGACCUGUUGUAUCUGAUUUUACGGUCUAAGGAUAAAAAUAGACUGAACGAUAAGUUGAGAUACCUCAAGUGGAUUUAUGGAUUUAUUCCAUUACGAAACUUAGGUAAUGAUUGGUGGCCAAGUAAGAAAUUUACUCUACUUUUUAACAAGUUUUUCAUUUUGCAAGAGUUAAUAAAGUUUUGCUGUCAGCUUG